UUGAACGGAACUAGUGACUUUCCAAAGUGAGUCUCCAAUACCGCCGCGCAACAGAUACUUGGAGGAGUGUAGUAUAUUUUCAAAGGACUGGCAAAUAAUGCAAAGUUUCAAGAGGGAUGGCUGUUUUCGCAAACCAUACUUUUGGAAUAUUCUUGGAAUACAGCAAAAAUACUAUCUCUUUUGGACCCACUAGAACAGUCUGCCUUAUGACACUUUUAUUUCUGACAGACCUAAUGUUCUGAAAUAUUUGCUGAGAUGAUUCAGUACUAUAUUGUAUUUGAGAUAUUUAUAGCUAUUUUAUCCAUCUCUGGCAAUGUAUUGGUUUGCUGGGCUGUCGCCAUCAACACCACUCUGAAAACCACUACGAACUACUUUUUGGUGUCUUUGGCUGUGGCAGAUAUUUUGGUGGGUUGCCUUGCCAUCCCCUUUGCCAUAACCAUAAGCAUCGGUAUACUUUUGGACUUCUAUGGAUGUCUUUUCCUGGCCUGUUUUGUUUUGGUACUGACUCAAAGCUCAAUUUUUAGCCUCCUUGCAGUUGCAAUUGAUAGAUAUUUGGCCGUCAAAAUACCCCUCAGGUACAAGGAGCUGGUGACGGGUACGAGGGCCAGACGAAUCAUCGCCAUCUUAUGGAUCCUGUCUUUCGUCAUCGGCCUCAUCCCAUUCCUGGGUUGGAACCUGAAGGUGACUUCCUGCUGUCAGAAUGUCUCCAGCAGCCUGAUGAAUGGCAAGUCUUUGGGGGACAAUGCCAGUACCACUAUCCCCCCCCUGGUGGACGAUCUGGGCAGUGCAGGUGACUUCCUGAGCAGCUGCAAGCUUACCUGCCUGUUUGAGAGUGUGGUGGACAUGCACUACAUGGUCUACUUCAACUUCUUCGGCUGCGUCCUGCCUCCUCUGUUUAUCAUGCUGGGCAUCUAUGUGAAGAUCUUCACCGUGGCCCGCAAGCAGAUGCACCAGAUUGAACUCAAGUGCUCAGUGAGCAGCAAUGGGGACAGCCACCAUCACGGGCUCCUGCAACGCGAGAUCCGUGCCGCCAAGUCUCUGUCCAUCAUUGUGGGGCUGUUUGCCCUCUGCUGGCUGCCCGUGCACAUCCUAAACUGCCUGACCCUGUUCUACAAGGACCUGUGCAAGCCGGCCCCUGUCAUGUACAUAGCCAUCAUGCUGUCACAUGCCAACUCAGCCGUCAACCCCGUUAUCUACGCCUACCGCAUCCAGGACUUCAGGAACACCUUCCGAAAGAUCCUGACGCGUCACGUCCUAUGUCAGAAGGAGGAGCCUUACCUCCACUCCUCCAAUGGGAGCAGGCGGAACAGAGACCAGAUCCACAUGACCAUUGACCCUUUACUCUGAGGGGUGGGGCUACAGGGGGCAUGACCCUUUACUGUAAGGGCAGACACCAGGGUUCGUGAGGCGACUAGCCCCGCCUACAUAACUUUACUUCAAGUGUGGGGCCACAGUCCGGGGGUAUGACUCAAGGAGAGCCCCAACCCCCCAAAACACUAUCUGUGUUCAUGUUAUUGUUGUAUUGUAUUCUUGAAUUACAUUUUAAGUGAGAUUAUAAAUGUUUACAGAACAAAGAGAGUGGGUAUGUUGGAAUGUGAAACUGAAUAGAUUAUCUGCCUUGAAUGGGGAGCAUUGCUUAUGAGUUAAGAUGAGUAUCAGGGGCCAGGUGAUGAAAAGGUAGCCUGGUCCCAGAUCUGUUUGUGCUGUCUUGCCCACUCCUAUGGUCAUUGUCAUGGCCAUAGGAGUUGGCAAGACACCGCAAACACAUCUGGGACCAGGCUAGUGAAAAGCAGGCAAGAGUCUUAUUUACUUUAAAGCUGGAAUCCGUAUUAGGUAAAACUGCCACGUCCUUUUGCAAUUUACAACAACAAAGAAGUUACUUCAAACAACGAACACAUUUUUUUCCCCCUCUGAUAUAAUUUCACGUGCAUUAGAACAGCCACGAUGCUGGAUGCUUCUCUCCUCUGUUUCAUCAACAAAACAAAACAAUAACAAAUGCGCUGGGGUGAACAAUGGCACAGUUCACCUUCUGAUUUCAACUGUUAAGGAUUUUAUUUUUAUUUUUCAAAGCUAACUGGAUUUUCAGGACUGUGAAAUGAACCCAUUACUACAAGAUAACACAUCAUUUACCAUUCCUACACAUUAACCAUAACUCAAAACAUUGCUUUUUCUAAGCCUUAACUUUUCAAAAUAAUAUACAUCAAUUGUUCAACUUUCUUUUACCAAUGUUUGGUAUUUUAUUUAUUGUCAUGUAGCAAAAUGUUUUAAAACCUGGCUGAGGUGUGUACUGUAUUGUUCAUCAUGGGCUACAUCGCACUUGCUCAGUACAGGUCUUGUGUAAAAAACAGACAUAGGAAAGUCUGCCCAGUGGAACAAUUUACGUCUGCAACAUCACCAAAAUCUCCAGUGAGAGGGCAUAACACACACGCAACACAGCUCGAAGGGGGAAAGUAUUUUUAAACAUUAUAUAAACUUGUGGAGUGUUAUUGUGCUCUGCUUGAAUUUAGCAAAUGUCAUGGCUUCUUUAGUGUCAUGGAGAAAGCUCAGGAAUAUACAGAAUGUGGUGAGGAAGACAGACUGAGUUGUGAAAAAAUACAUCUGAAAUUCACAGACACAGGAUAUUUGGAGGUUGAGACCUCUGGCAAGAAAAUAAUAUAUAAAUCAUCACUCACAAAUACAGUUGGAGUCAUAAGUUUACAUACACUGAGGUUGGAGUCAUUAAAACUCGUUUUUCAACCACUCCACACAUUUCUUGUUAACAAACUAUAGUUUUGGCAAGUCGGUUAGGACAUCUACUUUGUGCAUGACAUAAGCAAUUUUUCCAACAAUUGUUUAAAGACAGAUU